AACAGGCAAAGAGCUUAAUCAGGAUCACACAACAAUAAUGAAUGGAAACACGUCGUAGCCAAGAAAGUUGAGCAGCGGUGUAAAGUAACUGGAACUCGCCGAUUUGGAAGUCAUGCGUAGAGUUAAAGUAAUGGAUUGGCCAGGGAAAUGAGAAACUACUCUCCGGAGGAGAAAGCAGCAGGAGUUUCAUCACUUUUCAAGAAAAAUACGUUUUCUGACGGGAGGACAGUGGAAUAACAAUCGACAAUACGCGUCAAUGGCAUUUGUGGACAGAAGCACGAGUCCACUGCGCUGUCAGCGUUUCACCUCGGCGGGGAGGAGUGGAUUAUUUGGAUUCGUCCGUUAAUGAAAUUGCUGGAAUACUUGGAAGAUUUCUAAAAAAAAAAAAAUCUAUCUAUAUACAUAUUCUAAACUGGGAUUAUUAUUAUAACUAUUAUUAUUAUUGAUAUAAAUUGAAGGAUUGCGCGUUGACAGAGGGGCGAUCCCCGGGACAGCUGGGAGACAAUGGGUAAUAUAGAAAGUGUGGACGGCCAGUCGGAGAUGAAGCACCACAUCAUGCCCCUGAAGGUGCCCAUGCCCGACCCCACCGAGCUGGAGGAGAAGUUUGCCAUUGUUUUGAAUUCUAUGAACCUGCCUCCAGACAAAGCCCGGCUCCUCAGACAGUAUGACAAUUUGAAGAAAUGGGACCUGAUCUGCGACCAGGAGAGGUUCCAGGUGAAGAAUCCGCCCCACACCUACAUCCAGAAGCUACGAGGAUACUUAGACCCCGGAGUCACCCGCAAGAAGUUUCGCAGGCGGGUGCAGGAAUCUACCAAAGUCUUGAGGGAGCUGGAGAUAUCGCUGAGGACAAACCACAUUGGGUGGGUCAGGGAGUUCCUCAAUGAUGAGAACAGAGGUCUCGACAUCCUGGUGGAGUAUCUCUCCUUUGCACAGUGUGCUGUCAUGUUGGAUUUUGAGGGGCUGGAGAAUGGGGAGAAUGGGGAGGAUGGCUUCUUGGACAAGGCAAAAUCUUGGAGCAGGUCUAUAGAGGAUCUGCACCAUACGAGCACCCAACCCUUCUGCAACACGCUGGUGCGCUCGGCCCGCCAGUCUGUCCUCCGCUAUGGCUCGGUCUCGAGCAGCAAAACCAUCAAAAACUCCCGUCUCGUGAGCCAAAAAGAUGAUGUGCACGUGUGCAUCAUGUGCUUGAGAGCAAUCAUGAACUACCAGUAUGGCUUCAAUAUGGUCAUGUCUCACGCACACGCAGUCAAUGAAAUUGCUCUCAGCUUGAACAAUAAGAACUCACGGACGAAAGCUUUAGUCCUUGAGCUGCUGGCUGCCGUCUGUCUAGUCCGUGGAGGUCAUGAGAUCAUCCUGUCAGCAUUUGACAACUUCAAAGAGGUGUGUAAGGAGAAGCAUCGCUUUGAGAGACUGAUGGAUCACUUCCGCAGUGAGGAGGGAAACAUCGAUUUCAUGGUUGCUUGCAUGCAGUUCAUCAACAUCGUGGUCCACUCAGUUGAGGACAUGAACUUCAGGGUCCAUCUGCAGUUUGAGUUCACCAAGCUGGGCCUGGAUGACUACCUGGAGAAAAGCAAACACACGGAGAGUGACAAGCUGUCGGUGCAGAUCCAGGCCUACCUGGAUAACGUGUUCGACGUGGGUGGUCUGCUGGAAGAUGCAGAGACCAAGAAUGCGGCGCUGGAGAAGGUGGAGGAACUGGAGGAGCACCUGUCCCAUGUGACAGAGAAGCUGCUGGAGGUUGAGAAUGAAACGAUGAUGAAAGUAGCUGACAUGGAGAAGCUGCUCUUUCAGAAGGAUAAGGACCUGCUAGCAAUCCGGGAGACGUACGAGUCGACCAACACCCAGGUCAACACCCUGAGGAGGGUGAUCAAGGAGAAGGAUGCCGCCUUCCAGAGGCACUUCAACAUCGAGAGGCGGCUGCUGGAGCUCGAACAGCAAGGCACCAUCCGUUUGCACAAGAAGCCUGACGGAGACAUUUCAAUCGAGCCGCUCGGCGUGGGCGGCGUAGGGAGCGGUGGCCCUGGGAUCCCUCUGGGCAACAUUGGGCAGCUGUCCCUGGGGCCAGCGGCAGGGUUAACAGAACCAGGAGGACCAGACACCAGUUUGCCACCAGCCAGUGAGGCCCCCCCACCGCCUCCCCCACCGCCACCACCUCCCCCUCCCCUGCCCUCUGCCACAGGCACAGGUGCACAAGUCCCACCACCACCACCACUGCCCCCUCUUGCUCCACCUCUGCCAGACGCUUCUCCCUCAGUUAUCCUGAGUUUGGGUCUUUCAGCUAUCAGAAUCAAGAAGCCCAUCAAGACCAAGUUCCGCCUGCCAGUGUUUAACUGGACCGCCCUGAAGCCCAAUCAGAUCAACGGCACAGUCUUCAAUGAGAUCGAUGAUGAACGUGUGCUUGAGGAGCUUGAACUGGAGCGGUUUGAGGAGCUCUUCAAGACCAGAGCCCAGGGUCCAAUUGUGGAUCUUGCCUGCACAAAGAGCAAAGUAGCCCAGAAGGCGGUGAACAAAGUCACCCUGCUGGACGCCAAUCGCUCCAAAAACUUAGCCAUCACACUGCGAAAGGCUAACAAGACCACGGAAGAGAUCUGCAAAGCAAUAGAGAAAUUUGACCUCAAGGCCUUACCUGUGGACUUUGUGGAGUGCCUGAUGCGUUUCCUGCCCACGGACGGGGAGGUGAAGGUGAUGCGUCAGUACGAGCGCGAGCGGCGGCCGCUGGACCAGCUUGCGGAGGAAGAUCGCUUCAUGUUGAUAUUCAGCAAGAUUGAGAGACUCACGCAGAGAAUGAACAUCAUCACCUUUGUUGGGAACUUUGCUGACAAUGUCAACAUGCUCACGCCACAGCUCAAUGCAAUCAUCGCCGCCUCUGGAUCCGUCAAGUCCUCGCCGAAAUUGAAGAGAUUGCUUGAGAUCAUCUUGGCUCUGGGAAACUACAUGAACAGCAGCAAGCGAGGCUGUGUUUACGGUUUCAAAUUACAAAGUCUUGAUCUGCUGCUGGACACUAAGUCUACAGACAGAAAAAUGACAUUGCUCCACUACAUAGCUCUCAUCGUGAAAGAGAAGUACCCAGAACUGGCCAACUUCUAUAAUGAACUGCACUUUGUGGAUAAAGCUGCUGCAGUAUCUCUGGAAAAUGUGCUGCUGGACGUUCGGGAGCUGGGGAAAGGCAUGGAGCUGAUCCGGAGAGAGUGCAGUCUCCAUGACCACUCAGUCCUGAAGGGCUUCGUCCAGGCCAGUGAUACACAGCUGGACAAGCUGCAGAAGGACGCGAAGACCGCAGAGGAAGCCUUCAACAAUGUGGUGAACUACUUCGGAGAGAGCGCAAAGACGACUCCACCCUCGGUGUUUUUCCCCGUGUUUGUGCGCUUUAUCAGAGCCUACAAGGAUGCGGUGGCGGAUAACGAGCAGAGGAAGAAGCAGGAGCAAGCGAUGAGAGAAAAGUUACUGGCUCAGGAGGCCAAACAGCAGGACCCCAAGGUCCAGGCCCAAAAGAAGAGGCAGCAGCAGCACGAGCUGAUUGCAGAGUUGCGCAAGCGGCAGGCCAAAGACCACCGGCCUGUGUACGAGGGCAAGGACGGCACCAUUGAGGACAUCAUCACAGUACUGAAGAGCGUGCCCUUCACAGCCCGCACUGCUAAACGCGGCUCACGGUUCUUCUGUGAAGCCAACCUCUGUGACGACGCCAACUGCUAGCCCUCCCCCCUAAUGCCAAGGUUGUCCAGAUCUUCGAAACCAGCCCUUCCUGCGAGCUGAUGCGUUGAUCCGGAGCGGUUGGAAGAGACCCUAAACCACUUAUUCAUCACUUAUCCUCCCCUCCCCAUUAUAACCUUUCUCCCCGUGUCCCCCCGAUGGUCCAUCUCAACCCUGAGGCUGCAGAUCACAAAGACUCUAAAAAGGGAGGACAGGACAGAGCCCUUGUCUUAGAUGGGUAAUUUAUUUAUUUAUGGAGGCCCUUAAAAAGCCACUUAAAGUGAGCAGGCGUCGUUACAGCAGCACAGGGGUUUACUCCUCACCCACUGCACCAAUGAGACUUUCCCUGCUCUGUUGGCAUUGAGCGCCCGACCAGUCGGUCGGGGCACGACCACACAAGUACAGGUGAGGUGAGUCGAGGACUGGCGGACCACGGAGCAGAAGGAAUUGUGCUUCCACUAACAAGUGCCUGCCAACAUGUGGAUCUCAUUCCCAAGACCAUUAAUUUCCUCAGAUUAUGCAGUCAUAGCCGGACUUAGACUGGGAGGCAGCCAAGGGAAGAUGCCAACAACGCUGCUGGGAUGUUUGCCUCAAAGACACUCACAGAACCUCCCUCCAAAACAACAGAGGAAGCUUCGAUAUUAGACAUCCGGGGAAUGUUUCCUCACGACGCAACAGUGACGAUGGUUUAUUUAGAUUUCAAUCGCAUGUAUCUCGUGGAGGAAAGAGCAUCUGUAGUACUGGUUCAUUUGCAAAAGGCUAGCCAAACCAAACUCUCUUGAAUGUCUCAUGUUUUGCUUAAGGGGUUAAAACCCCAAGUGCCCUUUUGUGUGUGCAAACAGUGUUAUUUCUCAUGAGUCAGCCGUAAUAAGUUUAUUUUACAUCUUUCAUUUUUUAAAGAUUGUAUUUUUAUUGCCUUGUACUUUAACAUUAGCCUCAUUAUACUGACAAUUAUAAGCAGACGUUGAAAUCUCCUGGUUGAAAGGCACACAACAACUAGAAGGUAAUGGGGAAUAAUGGUUUUAAGAUUGCUCUUUUAUUUACCUCUCUAGUGCAUCAUUGUCUUAAAGCUCAUUGCAUUUGACAUGCGAGUUGCUAUGUUCCUGUGCCUCGUCCAAGUACUUGUUGAAAAGUGAACGUUAUGCGCCUUGACAACACUUGCUGUCACACUUAAAGUGACAUUUGGGAAGUGACAACUGUAUGAAGAAGACUCCAUGUGGACUGCUGUAUGAGGCCUCAGAUGACGGUGACCUGCUAUAGACAUGGUGAUGGAUGAAGGACAUUUCCACUUAAGAGAUGUUAUGUUUUAAGAUUUUUUUUGUUUAAGGAGUUUCCUCCUAACAGCUUGUGAGACUUACAGCCUGUGCUUUAACAUAGCAACGGCAUAAAGGGAGUGAUACUUUUUACACUACUAUAUUUGGCUCAUGUUGUAUGAGACACUAUUCUUAAAGAUGAAAUUUACAUGUACAUUGAAAUCAAGAAAUAUACUUUUAGAGGAAAUGGUCCUUGAUAUUGUCUAUUGACUGAAAGACACUUGCUUUUUAAUAAAUAAGAUGAAUUAUCUAACUACAA